AUGUCUAUUAAUAGUUCAAAAUCAACACCAGCUUUGUCAUCCUUAAAUAACAACGUUAAUGCAACUUCACUAACAACAAAUAACGACAUUAAUGUUCAAAUAAAUGCAUUUAUAGAUAAAUUGAAGAGAAGACAAAUACAAGGGUCUUACGAAAUCUCUUUAGAAACGUUACAAUUGUUAAAAAGAUUCAUUGGUUUUAUAAAAUUCUCCUCUAUCGAUGAGUUAUUUACGAAGUUAUCCCAAUUGGGCUAUCAAUUGGAAAAAGCUCAACCUAGAGAAUUCAGUUGCGGUAAUAUGAUUAGAAGAUUACUAUACAUUAUCAAAGAAGAAUUACUAUCAGAUCAGCAGCAACAACAACAACAAGAACAGCAGCAGCAGCAACAACAACAGGGUAGCUCUACUCAUAAUGCAGCUAGUAUUACUACUUCUGCGGAGCCUAUGAUCAGUAGCAUGUUUAAUUUAUUACAGACACCAGAAAAUAAUGAUAAUAGUAAAUUUAAAAUAUCAUUAAAAACGCUAAAAGCAAAAAACACAGAUGUAAGGCAACUAAUGAUUCAAGGAAUUAAAGAUUUAAUUGAUGAAAUAUCAAAUAUAGACGACGGAAUUUUCUCUAUUGCUAUUGACUUAAUUCAUGAUAGAGAAAUAUUACUAACUCCAACACCAGACUCUAAAACAGUUUUGAAAUUUUUAUUGAAGGCCAAAAAACAAGGUGGCAGAAAUUUUACCGUUUUAGUCACCGAAGGUUAUCCAACAAAUACUAAAAGAGCCCAUGAAUUCGCUUGGAAAUUGAGCUCCAAUGGCAUCGACACCGUUGUUAUUCCAGAUAGCAUGGUUUUUAGUGUCAUGUCCAGGGUUGGUAAAGUUAUUUUGGGUUGCAAACAAAUUUUUAGCAAUGGUGCUUGUAUAGCUUCGACAACAGGCGUUACUUCUUGUUGCGAAUGCGCCAAAGAGUUCAAAACACCUGUGUUUGCUGUUGCUGGGCUAUAUAAGUUGAGCCCCUUGUACCCUUUUAAUAUAUCAGAUUUUAUAGAAAUCGGUAGCGGCGGCCAUAUCAGUCUCGAUAGAUUGAUGACGGUUAACCCGUUGGAUGAUUACGUUCCUCCAGAAAAUAUAGAUAUUGUAAUUACUAAUAUUGGUGGGUUUGCUCCAAGUUUUAUGUAUAGAAUUGUUUGGGACAAUUACAAACAAGAAGAUGUGGUAUUUGCACCAGUCACUGGUAACCUUUACUAG